AUGAUUCGCGAACACAUAUAUGGAGCGGAGAGGCAACGUCUCGAUAGACCGAAGCCUUAUAAUCAGAAACUGUCCUCCUAUGACUACCACAAAUGUCCUUCUAACAUAAGCCCCGCAGACCGCCGGGCCUACUCCAUUCCUUCCUCUCAGAAACCCACUGCUUCUUCAAUCGACAUUCCUGAUCUCCAUAUCACGGGCCUUCUUGACGUUGCCGUGUGGGAAUGUAGUACCUGGCAGCAGUCACGUUUGGAUGACAAAGCAUCAAAAGCCGAGGUUAGUAAGGCUUGA